GCAUCCUUCAAGAGCAGCGACAUUUCAUGCUGUCUGUCUUCAUCACGAGACACACAAAGACGCGCUCAUCGCGAAGAGAUGUGGUGACAUUCUCGGUGUCGUUUAAAGCUCAGCGACAUUCCUCGAUCUAUACUUUCAUCAAAACCAUCCAUCAACUGCUCAAGCUCAGCGACUACAUUCAUUUAUCUAAUCAUGGCUUAUCUCCUCUACAGCCUCACGUUCAUGGUCCUUGUCGUCGGUACAGCUCUCUAUCUAACCAGAUCACGAUGGCUCCCACUCAUUGAGGACCAUGUGCCCGACUAUGUAUACGACCGACUACCCACAACCUUCAGCGGAGACAUCGAAGCUGGCUUCACAUCCUCCGAAUUUGAUCUCACGAAUAACGUUCUCGAGGGCGAUUCCAGAUCCGGUCUCGAUAAUAAGGCAAAGCGAGAAAUACGCAGAAUCAUGAAGAGACGAGGUGUGGACUUUGACGAGGCGCGUCGACUGUAUACUGAGCAACGCUUUGCGAAGAAUAAUAUCGGACCGGAUGGGCGACCGAAGGAUCCCAAAUUCGUCUCUUUCUCAUAACACUUUCCUUGCGCUGUGACGCUCUUUCUCCAACACAUAAUACCAUCUUUUAGCUUUUCCUUGUCCCGACUAUAUUCAUGACAUAGCACACACUUGCGAUCAGAGUUUCUGUAUCACCAGUGUGGUUUUUCCUUUUGAAUAUCCCAUCUUUCAUUCACUGUGGCGCCGUGUUCGUUUCAUUUGGUUUGAGCGAUUUGAGUAUCAAUGCAGCAUGCCUCCGAAUAUUAAAUUCCUUUCCAAGC